AUGUCCCUCAACCUAAGGCAGGCCAUCCCAGGCCGGCCUCUAAGGGAAUCAACUCGACCACUUGCAGGAGUAUCCAUCGAAGGAAGCGCGUAUUAUGCAUAUCCGUCGGCGACAGCCGUCAUCCUCCUCACCCCAGCUGGAGACCUAAGCGAGACGCUCCCGUUCUGGGAUGCUCUCCCGCAUCGAGCAGGCCCGAGCGGCGGCCGUGACGUGGACGGCGUUGUUGCUCGCAGCGGGAUGGUGAGUUGUAUGAUUUGUGAAGGAGCUGACCACCAGGUCGUCGCGUGGAGCGGCAUUCACGUCGUGCUCUGGCACCGAGAAACGAGUUGGAGCGUGCACUCUACGAUUGUUGCGUCGACACAGAUUGGCAGCGUCGACUAUGUGAACGGCGUUCUUGCGGUCGGCACGCAACGAGGAGUGGAAGUCUGGCGUAUGGAUCCUGAGGCCGAUGUGGUCGUCUGGGACCGUGUCUGGUCAAGCCAUACGGCACCCGAUCCGCUUGUCUCGCUGCCCUCGGCCCAGAGCCAUGUCGCUUGGUACCACAAGGACUCGAAGACAGUGUCCAUUCAGACUCUGGGUCCCAAGGGUACUGGUAUUGGCGAGCCUCAAGACAUCCGCCAGCCUAGGACGGUUGACUGGAUUGGCUGGCGUGCCUCGUCGAGCGGUGACGCUCAGCUGUACGUUGUUUCGACAAACGCAGUGUUCCGUAUCUACUCGCCCGUGUUAGAUGACCCGUCAUGGUUCCAACUGCUGUACUCGAUCGACCACCGCGCAUUCCGCAACCCAGCACACAAAGGCCAGAGAAGCGGAUUCGGUACCUUUUGGAUCCCCGAUGGUGACACUAUACGCGCAGCCACCAAGACGGCACUGGCACAACGCGACAAAGGUGUCACCUUCUCCACCAAGGUGUCCAAGAUUCUCGACUGCAUCGACAAUGAGGAGAUGGACCUCGUGGUCUGGUUUGGCGCCGAUGACGAGGUCACUGUGCGAGCUAUUCUUAACCUCGACCGCAAACCGCCCACCUUGAUCCAGUCCGAACCCAUUGCAUUCUUGGAUGCCGAAGUUGGUGCAGACUGGUCGGCCCAAGGUAUCCUCAUUGCUGGCGAGCCACUGCACCUGGGCUUCCCACCAUCGGCGACCAACCCCGAUGUCUCGUCACUGUACCUUUCCCUCACAGACCUGUUGGCCGGCUCAGCAGACGCUCUUUCCCUUGCGUCAUCACCCGUCGACUUUGAGACCAUGUCGGUACUUUUGACUCAGGACAUUGACUCGUUUGUCCGUACACCCAACGGUCGCGGUCUCCUCGCUAUCGGCACCGGCGGCGAGAUUGGCGUUUGGGAGAAGCGCCGCAUGGGGAAAUCACGAUUCGGCGAUCAGAAACGACUAUGCCUGGUCGGCAAGGGCCAGUGGAAUGCCCCAGCCGUACCUAUUCUAUACGCCAUCUACGCCAAAGGUCGCGGCAUCGCCUCGUACUACAAGGGACCCGAGGGCCCGCGUGUCGUGCUGCAACAUCUCGACCCAGGCGACGGUCGUCCGACGGAGGAAGUCGUGCUACCACAGUUCCACCCCAAGGAGGGCGACGACAUCAAGAUGCUUCUGGCGGUCUCGGACAUUGACGACGGAUACAGUGCGCGCAAGCGCCGAACACGUCGUGCAGUCAUCAUGGCUGUGGCCGAGAGCGGCGAGGCGUGGGUGUGGCGCAUCGACCCAGCGCCAAGUUCACCUCACCUCGAGCUUUCGCAGUCACAACUGGUGCCAGAUUCACCCACUCGAGGACGUGUCGAGCCCGGCAGCGCAAGUCCCGCGCACCGCACGGUCAGGCUGGCCGAAUCGGUAUACGAGUCGCCCAAGGGCCGAAAUCGGAUGCUGUCAGAGUCGCCAGACACGUCGCCACUGCGCGGCACAUCAUUCACGGGCUCGACUAUCUAUCGCUCUGAGAAGCCCAUUGUCACCCUGAUAUCCCACUCGGUGUUGCCCAUCGAGGACGGCGAGAAGCCACGCUUGGUCCUCCCUGUCGACCCUAUGGGCUGGCACCAGUCCACCGUGGACUGGGAGACGGACACUCCUCUCCAGGACAUGGUGCUCACCGUUUCGCAAAGCGGUGUGCUCGAGUUCUGGACGCCCCGACUCGGUCAGCAUCUCCCUGGCCGGCGUCGCGGUACAGUGUAUGGCGACAUGGCAAACCACGCGCCAUCAGUCGUGUCUGCAUGGACAAGGACGGGCGUGGUCAGGACCGAGAGGAAGAAUGUCAUCCUCGCGCGCUGCAGUUCGCGCAAGAAGACUGUACUCGUGGAUUUGAUGCCCGAUGGCUCCCACGAAGUGUCCAUUUGGGACUCGAACGUGAGCGAAUUUAGCACCGGCCUGGAACUCGCGCACAACUUUGGAAACGGGUUCCUGAUUCAAGAUCUUGACUGGACGACCACCAGCGACCUCCAAUCGGUCCUUGCCGUCGGCUUUGCGCACCACCUCGUUCUCAUCUGCGAACAGCGUAUGAGCUAUAUUGAAGUGACCCCUGGAUGGGCGCCGUUUAUCCAUAUCGACAUGCGCAAGUACACGUCGGUCCCCAUCAACGACUCGAUCUGGAUCGCUGGAGGAAGCCUGGCCGUUGGUGCCGGCAACCAAAUAUACGUGUUCAGCCGCUUCCUCGAGACCGAGCCAGAACUUGAAUCGGACGACGAGGAGGAGCCCGAGGAUAUUUUCGAACUCAUCGCCCACCGCAACGGCCCGCUGUUUGACUACCACCCCACAAUGCUCUCCCAGUGUCUCUUGUGGGACAAGAUCGACCUUGUCAAGCGUAUCUUGGUCACCCUCGUCAAGAACCUGCGCGAGUGUGAGCGCGAGGGAAAGCGUCGUCUUGUGUUCGAGCGCCUUGACCCGCUCGAGUUCCAUACGCCCAAGAAGCAGGAGAAGCAGACCAAGACGGCAGACUACUCGAGCCUCUUCGCCGUCACGCCAACUGAUUUCAGCGACGACGACGAGUUUAACAGCGAUCUGGUUCAGGAGCUCAUUGAGCGUCUCGACGGCUCGGUUAUUAUCCCGCUCACGCAAAACGAAAAGACCAUGCUUGCGGCCCUCGUCCAGGCAACGCUCGAGGUUGACCAGUCCCGCCGUUCCCUCGACCUCUGCGGUUUGCGCUACCUCAUCUCGAUUCGCACGUUUGCAAAUCGCGAUAUCCGUGGUGCUGCCCUGUCUGGAGCAGCUACACCUUCCGCCAACGGCGUCCUCCCGAGCCUCGCCAAGGUCGCUGCCGACUCUGGGUUACCGGCUAUUCCUCGUGCCCAUGUCAAGAUCUCGUUCCGUAACAUUGUCUGGGCCACGCAUUCCGAGUCCCACGAGGUGCUCUUGCAGGCUGCAACAGCGUCUUGCGAGAACAACAAGAUGACGUGGAAAGACGCCAAACGACUUGGUGUGUGCCUCUGGCUCCGGUCACAGGAUGCAAUCAAGGCACAGCUGGAAGUCAUCGCGCGUAACCGCUUCAUGGCCGACGACGACCGCGACCCGACCAGCUGUUCGCUGCUGUUCUUCGCGCUGGGAAAGAAGCAGGUUGUCCACGGUCUGUGGCGCCAGGCUCCCGGUCACAAGGAGCAGGCCAUGAUGCUCAAGUUCCUCUCCAACGACUUUACCACCGACAGGUGGAAGACUGCCGCAGCAAAGAAUGCGUACGCCCUCCUGAGCAAGCAGCGUUACGAGUACGCCGCUGCAUUCUUCAUGCUUGCUGGCGACGCAAAGUCUGCCAUCACCGUGUGCCUCCGUCAACUGGAUGACUGGCAGCUGGCCGUCGCCAUCGCGCGUGCCGUCGAGGGAGAUGGUCCCCUCCUCCGCUGGGUCCUGACGGACACGGUCCUUCCCAUCGCGUUUGGCGGUGGGCACCGUUGGCUCGCGAGCUGGACGUUGUGGAUGCUGAACAGGCGAGACUUGUCCGUCCGAGUCCUCAUUUCGCCCAUGGAAGAGGUCGCCGAGGCAUGGUGCCGCAAGGGCCCCAAAUUGCCCGUGGGCCAUCCCGACAACGACGACCCGUCGCUGCUGCUGCUCUUCCAGUUUCUGAAGGCCAAGACGCUCCAGACGGCAAAGGGUACCAGCGAGAUCUCUGUCAAGCUCGAGUUUGACUUUGUCCUCCACAACGCACGCGUGUUUUCUCGAAUGGGAUGUCACCCACUCGGUCUCGACCUGGUGCGCUCAUGGUCGUUCGAACGCCCCUACUUCCCUCCUCCCAAGGCCCGUCCUCCUCCUAUCACCGUCAGUGGACCACCGGGAUCGCGUGCAACAUCGCCCGUCCGUCCCAAGACGUCGCCUUUUACACCCCGCCGCCGUACGAGCUUUAUGCUCUCCAACCCGACCGCGCGCGAGAACAUGCGCAUGGACAUGGACGUGCUCGCCGAGGGCACCACCGAGCCGCCCACGCGCGCAUCCAGCCCUCCCGCGCCCCUCAAUGGCCAAGCCACGGUUGGCGACAAGGCCGCCGACUUGUUUGCCGGCAGCGGCCUGUUUGGCGGAUUCAACUUUGGUAAUUCGGCACUGCUGGGAGGGAGCGCCAUUGUCGACACGCCGGACGUGUCCCCCGGCCACUCGCAGAUUGCGUCCCAGGUCGUGUCCCGGACAACAUCGCCUGAGCGCGUGUCGAGUCCCCUUGCCGGUGUCGUUUCAACACAAGUUCCGGCCACUGCACCGGCAGAGCCUGAACCUCCACGCAAGGUCGGCAACUUGAUGAAGGACCUGCGUAACGACGUGCAGCAGGGCGGCAUGGCGUUUGACAUGGACAGCUUCUUUGGUGGGCCACCUGCAGUAUCCCCUGUUGCUCCUCCUCCUCCUGCACCUGCACCUGCACCUUCUGAACCAGAGCCAGAGGCCGAGGCAGAACCUCCCCGCAAGGUCGGCAAUUUGAUGAAGGACCUGCGCAACGACGUGCAGCAAGGCGGCAUGGCGUUUGACAUGGACAGCUUCUUCGGCGGGCCACCUUCCGCCGCACCUGUGGCUGCUCCAGCUACCCCUCCGCCAGCCGCUGCUCCGGCCCCUGCACCUGCUACUCCUCCUGCACCAGCACCUUCUGAGCCAGAGCCAGCGGCUGAGGCUGAACCAUCAGCCGAGCCAGCAGCCGAGCCAGAGCCAGAAGCCGAGCCAGAGCCAGAAGCCGAGCCAGAAGCUCCGCGCAAGGUUGGAAACCUCAUGAAGGAGCUGCGUAACGAUGUGCAGCAGGGUGCCAUGGAGUUUAACAUGGACAACUUCUUCUAA